AUGAUUUCCUCCAACACGAGGGCGUCGCGGUCGCGCUUCUCGAGCCCCUCGCGGCCGCUCGAGGCCAAGGCAUCUGCCGGCAAUGAACCCAAGACGUUUAUGCAGCGGUGGCUGGAGCCGUCGGUCCAGAGCAAGGCCAGCUUCGAGGAGGCGGGAUUGAUGCGCUACGGCGUGCUGGAGACCAUGGCGCCGCUGGGGACGCUGCCCAAGGCCAAGAAGAACGGCGACGGAGGGCCAGGCCAUCAGUCGGUGCGCAAAAUCAUCCUCCGGCCGUCGGGGACGUCACACGCCGCAACCCAUCACGACGACAAGCCCGCGCAGCCCAAGGCUCGCCCCAGCAGGGCGCCAUCGCCCCCCGCGCCCUCGACUCCGCCUCCUCCCGCGUCAGCGCCAUCGCAUCGGAGGCCACAGGCCGCCAAAGACGCCGAGGACGACGACGACUACGACCCCAAGGGAGCCUCGCGUCGCCGUCCCUCGCGGCGCGUCUCGCUGCCUGCCAAGCAGCAUCAGCAGCAGCAGCAACAGCAGAACCCUCAAGCAAAGAACGUGGAAGAACCCAAGAGCACUACGGUUGUCAUCACCACUGCUGGUACGCCAAAGGCCAAGCAGGCCGCUGCGCCAAAACGUGCGCACCCCCGCGAGCCAGAGGACAAGGAGUUUGCCGACCUGGUCGUCGAGGCGGCCGUGGACGAGGCCCUCAUGCACUUUCGCUAUCCUACGGCCUGGGCUCUCAGGACACUCUACGAUGAACGGUGCGGCGACGCGGACUUUGUCGCCAUGGUGGAGGACGUCUUCAAGCAGAGGGCCGACGCCGAGACCAGGGAUGAAUUCGCCCGGCUGAUUGAAGUGAAGAAGCGCGAGGGCAAGAAGGACGACGCGGGCUGCUACUACUUCGUGCCCCCUUCUACCAACAGCAGAUUCCCUCCGCACACGCCCAUGGCCGCUCCCUACGCCAACCUGCUGCACCGUCACGCCGACGACGAAAAGGGCGAGGGGCGAGCGGCCAAGAGGAGCAAGACGUCGCACGCCGGCGAGACGCCUCGCAGCAAGAAGAUGGCCAACGGCAGCAAAUCGCACGGCGACAGCACCCGCACGCCGUCGCGCAGGCGUCACCGGCGGGACUCGGGCUCUAGCGAGUCAUCCCUGUCGUCAGCAUCGUCCCAUGAUGCGCCAAAAUCUCGGCCAAUCACCAGCACGCGCCGCAAAUCUCUCGCCUCCGACAAGCAGCCCGUGUCCAACUCGUCGGAGCCAACCUCUCCCACACUUCCGAGCCGCACCCACGCAUCCGCGACCGAGGCCAGCAUGCCUGGCAGGGUCACCGGCGCCGAGCUGCCGCUCUCCAACCCGCCCAGCAAAGGCAAGCCGAGCCCCAAGGACGGCGGCAGCGCCGUCGGGCCCUCGAUGCCUGCUGCUGACGACAACGACCUGUUCUGGGCGAGGCGCCGCGAGGCUCAAAAGGUCACCAACGGCUACACCGCCCGCGAGAGCUCCAUCCGCAACGGUGACGAGGAUGAGCACGACGAGGUGACUCCUGCAAGGCGGACCAGAAGGACGCGGACCUCCCUGCCGGCGGCUCCCAUCAGCACGCGGGCCACGCGCUCGGCGAGCAAACGGCCAGGCAGCCACGCCAACAGCAACGCCAACAAUGACGAUGUCGAUGCCGUCGCCGCCUCCUCGCCAUUGGCCUUCUCAUUCAACGAGGGCAGUUCUACUGUAGGAUCACGAGCCGUGACGCCGACGAACCUGCGGCCGGCGAAGAAGCCGCGGACAGGCCUUCGAAUCAAGUUGUCACCGAUGAAGAAAAAGGGCGGAACUGCCGCUGGUGUUCCUCGCUCAACUGGGGAGGCCCAGUCAGUAACGGUGAGCAACGGCGCACCAAGAGAUCAGGGAUCCGAUAACGAUGAGUACUGCUCUGCGUGUGGUAAUACAGGAGACGUCGUCUGCUGCGAUGGCUGCCCGCGCUCGUUCCACUUCGAGUGCGUGGACAUGGUGCAGUCUGACCAUCUGCCCGACGAAUGGUAUUGCAACGAGUGUCUUGUCCGGCGAUUCCCCUCUCGCGUGCCUGUCUACAAGGGCGCAUUCGCGAGCGCCCUCAAUGCCUUGGAGAAGAGCAUCCCUCGCGCCUUUAGCCUGCCCAAGAAGAUUCAGACUCGCUUCGAGGGUGUCAAGGCUGGUGCUGAUGGUGACUACGAAGAGGUGACGACGGUCAAAGCAAAGAAGCGCUCUGGUUAUGAUGAGCUGCCAGACUUCUUCAAGCAGCGCGAAGACGGUGAGGCGGUGCUCUGUCACGCCUGCCAAAAGGCGGCCACGGAGAUUCGAGCCAUUAUCCCUUGCAGCGCCUGUCCGUUGCAUUGGCACAUUGAUUGCCUUGAUCCGCCCCUGGCUAUGCCUCCGGUCCUGAAGACGUGGCGAUGCCCAGCACACGUCGACGAUGUGUUGGGAGAGGUGCCUCCUCUGGCACCGGCACAUCGCUUCCGCAAGCUCAAGGGCGGUCAAGUCAUCACACCGGCCUUCAGCCGCGGCCUCAAGAACAAUGGCCACAUCGAACUCGACUGGGCCGAUGAGCCCGAGGAGAAGGACAAGUCGGGCUGGCGUGACCCCGACUCUUUUGGCAGGACGUACAGGCUACAGGCCAAGGGAGUCAUUCUUGACUUUAUCGAGCAGCUGCGCCAUCGUGGCGCUGGAUACGGCCCGCGUCAGGACGAGCCCCGGUGGUUGUCAUACGCAGGCCCACCCCCAUCCGCAUGCAAUGCAGACCGUCCGCUUGCCGGCUCUGCGUACGACCGCAAGGUGAACGAGAUGCAAGCGUCCCUGACCCUUUUGGGCCUCAAGCAGAGCCGGUCCGAGAACAUUGACCAGCUCACGGCUGCCCUUCUGUCUGCUGCCGACGACAACGUCCUGGCUCUCAUGGCAAGAGGUGAUGCGGACAACAUUGCCUCUGGAAAUCUGGUUCAAAAUGACAGAAUGAGUCUCCGUGCCAUGCUCGCUCAAAUGGACGCCAUGGGUGACAGGAUUCGCCACCUGCUCGGCGAUGAAGCCCCGCCGGCAGCCUCAAUGCCCAAGGCUGCUGAUACGGGCUCACCGGCCGUUACCGAUACUUCCGGCGUGGACACGUUUCUUCCCGAAAAGGCGGAACCCUCUGCACCCGUUGCCGAGCCCACGCCCCCUUCGACCGUGGAUCAUGGAGAGGGCACUAUGGAACUGGAUUGA